UUAACAGGCGUGUCUGUCCCCCUUUUGCAGAGGAGAUGCCCGUGUUCCUGGAGCCCGUGCCCAACGUGACAGUGGCGGUGGGUCGUGACGCCUCGCUCACCUGCUCCGUGGAUCACCUGGGGCAGCACAAGGUGGCUUGGAUACACCUGAACCGCAAGAUGAUCGUGAGCAUACACAACCACGUGAUCACCCGCCAGCCGCGCUUCACCGUCACGCACGACUCCCACAAGACCUGGACCCUACACGUGCGCCAGGUGACCCAGGAGGACCGAGGCCAUUACAUGUGCCAGGUGAACACGGCGCCCAUGAUCAGCCAGCAGGGAUACCUUCAGGUGGUGGUGCCGCCCAACAUCGACGACACGAACAGCAGCAAGAGCAACAUCGUGGUGCGGGAGAAGGACAACGUGACGCUCCAGUGCCGCGCCGACGGGUUCCCGAAGCCCGUCAUUAAGUGGCGCCGCGAGGACACGCAGUUCAUCGAGACCUCCGACGGCAGGAAAGUACGCCAGCUGGACGGGGCGACGCUGGGCCUACGGCAAGUGAGCAGGACAAACAUGGGCGCCUACUUAUGCAUCGCCUCCAACGGGGUGCCGCCCUCCGUCAGCAAGCGCAUCACCCUCGACGUGGAGUUCGCGCCGCAGAUGCACGUGCCCAAUCAGCUGGUCGGGGCGCCACUGGGGACUGACGUACAGCUGGAGUGCUUCGUGGAGGCUCACCCGCGGGCCAUCACCUACUGGGAGAACCGUGACGCCAUGGUCAUGAACACGUCCCGCAUCACCACCCACACCCUCGAGGACCACUACAAGAUACACAUGGUCCUUUCCAUUCGAGACCUGCGGGAAGGGGACUUCGGGAUGUACAAGUGCAUCUCCAAGAACUCCAUCGCCGAGACAGACGGCUCCAUCACCCUCAACAAGACCUACAGACCCACCUCCCCGCCCACCAAGAUCGCCCGCCCAGGCUUGCUCGAUGAGGAUUUCGGGUACAGGGCAAGGCGGCCGGGGCGGAAGGAGGAUCGGAGGAACCAGGACAUGGAGGAUUCGACGCGGAGACUGCAGGAGGAGGAGGAGGAGAAGCGGAGGAGGGAGGAGAAGAGAAGACUGUCGCAGGAGCAUGAAAGGAAGGACUUGGAGCACGACUUCAACAGAGGCCACAGAAGCGAUGGCGGCCCCAGAGUCACGCAGUCAGCAGGAGUGAGCGGUGGCGAGGCAUCCAAGAGGUCACCCGCCACCUCUGUUCUCGCCUCCUGUCUCGUCCUCGUCCUCGUCCUCUACCCGUUGUGUCAGCAGAACCACCACCACCUCCACCACCGCCGCCACUACCACCAACAACUCCUUCUUUAACGUCGCUCACCACCACCACCGCUGCCGCCAGUAAUCACCACCACCACCACCACUACUUCUUGUACUACUACUACUACUGUUACUACUUCUUCUCCUACUACCACCACCACCACUACUCCUACUCACACUCCUACUAUUACUACUACUACUACUACUACUACUACAGACGCUACCACCUACACCACCUUCUCGUCACUGUUGUUGCUUGUUCAAUACCGCUAUGAGAGAGAGAGAGAGAGAGAGAGAGAGAGAGAGAGAGAGAGAGAGAGAGAGAGAGAGAGAGAGAGAGAGAGUAAAAAAAGCAUAGAAUAACGGGAACUUUGAGACGCCUAGCACCUUUCCUUCCUCCAUGCUGUUUCACAUUUACGGGUAGAAGACGAAAAAAAGGAAAUAAGUUCUCCCUCCUCACGGCCGGGAAUCACACACUCCCUUACCAAUAGCCGAGGGGCCCUUUGUGUGUGUGUGUGUGUGUGUGUGUGUGUGUGUGUGUGUGUAAAUAUCAUCCAUGUAUCAGUCUUGUAUAUCUCCUAACUCGUAAGGUCGUUGUGUCGGAUAUUGUGUGUAAAUAAAAGGUAUUGUUUCAAAGUUAA